UAUUUAUUUAUUUUUAUUUGUGGGGUAGUUAUGGCCGUUGAUUCUCGAAACUGAGAGCUCCGAAAUGGCCAAACUUUUUGGUUCGGAUGUCAAAUCAACCAGUUCCGAGAGUGGAAUCGAGCUUGAGCAUCUUCCCUUGACGCUUCGGCGGAAAUUGUUACAGGUGGAUAAACGGAGUUCCGGUUCGGGUGAUCCGAAACCCGGCGUUGUUGAGAAUGGAAGUGAAAGAAAGUCUAUGUCAAUUGUCGAUGUCGUCGUAAAAGAAGAGGAUGGACACUGUAUUUCAUCGCAGGGUGUUCUCUCUUUCCUUUCAGCUUGCUCUGCCAGACACGGAGAUCAACGCUUGUCGAAGGGACAAAAUGAUGAUUGUAAAGAUCCCAAGGGAGUUACUUCUGAAGAUCCAUGCUGUAGAAUUCCAGUAGGCUCUCCAAUUGAUCAGUGUUUACAAAGUGCCACUUGCCAAAAAUGUAAGGAUAUGCCUGGAGAUUGUAACUGCCAAGGCACUCAAGUAAAAGGACUUGUUUGUUCUGAGCAGAUAAUAUGUAGUGGAGUUAACACUGAUGUUGCUGGACAAGAGAAACUCGAUGUGAAUGUUUGCACUUUGCACGAAGGUCAGACACUGCCAGUGGUUCCUGCCAAAGUUAAGGUUGAGUAUUUUGACAACUUGAUGAAUUCAUCGAGUAAUGGUAUAAAUGGCUUUGCUGGUGCUGGUGUGUCAGCAGUUACAGUGAAAAAUGAGAUCCCCAGUGACUUUGCUGAUGAUGAUCUUGAUCACAUUGUACUGAAACAGCGGCGAAAGAUGCUGCUAUCAAGGAAACUGUUGGAGUUGGCAAAACCGGUUGAAAAGGGUAGUUCUGGAGGGUUGUCAGAAAUUCUUAUGCAACAGUGUGCUGAGAAAGGAAAUGAAGCGGCACAUCUUGUUGAUGGAGAAUCGGUGUCUGGAAAUCAGCUUUGUGUUGAUCCUGAAAGAAUUGCUUCUGUUUUCUGCAGAACUUCAGUAGCUGCUUCAUCAGAAGAUAUUAUUGCAGAAUCUUCCGUAACUAAUCAAUGUUCACAUGAAUUAACUCAAUCAGGUGAUGGUAUCAAAAUUCAUGCAAGCAACAGAAACCAUGUAUCUGAGAGAAUGGCUGUGGAGCCAAAUUCAUGCGAGGGACAGGAUUAUGUUCCUGCAAACACAAGUAGUGUGCAUACUUCAACUUUAUCAACAUUGUUCAAGGUCAAGGUUGAACCUAAGGACGACAAUAAUUUCCACAACCUUGACAGGAAUGCCAUCCGUAGCUUUUCCUUUAGCAAACUGCAAUUGAAGAGUGAAUUCGAAGUCUCUGAUCCACUAGAUGGAGAUGAGUUAGACCAUAUGCGACUGCGAGAUCGGAUGAAGAUGCCUACAAUGUUAGAGGAUUCUGAACUAAAGAUAGCUAGGAACAUUGGAUGCUUGAAAAAAAGUGUGCCGUCUGAACUUGGGUGCAGCCCUAUUGCUUUGGAGUCUGCUGAAACAAUACGUGUCAACCGUCCACGGAAGAGGAGAAAGACAGCCACAGAUUCGGUUGAAACAGCCCUGGAGGAAGAUGCUCCUGGACUCCUGAAGGUAUUGAUUGACAAAGGGGUGUCAGUUGAUGAAAUUAAGCUUUAUGGGGAGAUGGAGAGUGAUGAAGCGCUCGAUGAGUCUUUUAGUGAAGAAAGCUUUGCAGAGCUUGAAGAUUUGAUAUCAAAGAAGGUUCCAGGGGCUAACUCCAUCAAAGAUUUCCGGCUUAUUAGUUUGGUGGGAGGCAUCUACAAGAUUAUUGCUAAAGUUCUAGCAAACAAAUUGAAGUCAGUCUUGGAGAAGAUUUUCUCUCAGCGCGAAUCCUUUCUAAAGUUUCCUUCCGCACGAUGCACAAAGGGUUCAAGAGUUAAUUAUUGCUUCGCUUGUCUAUUUUCACUUGUGGAACAGACGCGGUAUCUACAAUUUCGAAAAUGGCCAGUUGAAUGGGGAUGGUGCCGAGACCUCCAAUCAUUUAUAUUUGUGUUCAAGAGACAUAACAGGAUAGUGUUGGAACGUCCUGAAUAUGGCUAUGCAACAUACUUUUUUGAGAUAGAGGGUUCAAUACCAAUUGAUUGGCAAAUCAAGCGUUUGGUGGCUGUGAUGAAGCUUAGUAGCUGUGGCAGGGUUUUGCUAAUUGAGAACAAAGCAUUAGUGGUGGGAGAAGACUUGAGUAAAGGAGAGGCUCAGGUGUUGAUGGAAUAUGGUUGGGUACCAAAUAGCGGCUUGGGAACAAUGCUUAAUUAUUGUGAGAGAGUUGUGCAUGAUAGGAAGAAUGAGAAGGACAGCUCAGAGUGGAGAUCAAAGAUAGCAAAGUUGCUGAUGGAUGGUUACAACGGUGGAAUUAUUGUUGCAACCAACGUAAUGAAGGUUGAAGAAUGCAUGGGUUCUCAAAACCCAGAAAUAAAGCUGGAGCUUUAACUAGAGAUCGAGAUUAGCUUUAUUUUGAAACGUGUAAAUGCUUAAAUAGAGGAAACAAUAAUUAUUGUGUUUGUUGGACAAUAGAUGACAGUUAGAAACUGAUACAAAGGUUGUUAUUCACUAAUUUAAUCUUGUCAUUUCUUUUU